AAUGUAUUUUAGAAAAAUUGGAACUUGCCAUUGUUUACAUUUCAUACCUUCCUUCUAUGGAUAAAGUAAACUUGAAUAAACCAAUCUUAUCCUAACUUGCAAAAAUCGAAACCAUAUUUGUUGACAACCACAUCGAACAAGUAUCAUCAAGAGUCCAAUUCCCUUUUCUAAUCCGAAAAUCAAACGGAUGUUAUCUCCUCUCAAUUUCCUCCCAACUUCCCGCCGCGUGGCAGUGAUCGGCGCCGGUGCCGGUGGCCUUGUCACUGCUCGUGAGCUCGGCCGCGAGGGCCACCAGGUCGUCGUUUUCGAACGUAAUACUCGAAUUGGAGGGACCUGGGUAUAUUCGUCGGAAAUUGAAUCCGACCCACUUGGAGUCGACCCAAAUCGGACCAGAAUCCAUAGCAGUCUCUACAAAUCCCUACGCACCAAUCUCCCCAGAGAACUCAUGGGGGUCCGCGAUUACCCUUUUGUUCCUCGAGAAGGGGAGGAUCGAGAUCCGAGGCGAUUUCCAAGUCACCGGGAGGUUCUAAAGUAUUUGGAAGAUUUCGCUAAUGAAUUUGGGAUUUGUAAAUUGGUGAGAUUUGGAACUGAGGUGGUAUUUGCUGGUUUGGAGGAGGUCGGGAAAUGGAGGGUUGAAUUUAGAUGUGAAAACGGGGAUGUUGAUGAAGACCUUUUCGAUGCUCUGGUUGUUUGUGUUGGGAAUUAUUCACAGCCUCGAGUGGCAGAGAUUCCUGGGAUUGAUGGAUGGCCUGGGGAGCAAUUACAUAGUCACAAUUAUCGUGAUCCCGAACCAUUUCGGGGUAAGGUUGUUGUGUUGAUAGGUUAUUCUUCGAGUGGUACAGACAUUUGUCAGGAGCUCAUUGGGGUUGCCAAAGAAAUUCAUAUUGCUUGGAGAUCAGCUAAAACAGAGCUUUUGGACACAGAAUCAAUUAACAGUAAUGUGUCAUUUCAUCCAAUGAUUGAAAGUGUCCAUAAAGAUGGGGCAGUGGUUUUUCAAGACGGGUGCACUGUUUCAGCUGAUGUUAUUCUGCAUUGCACUGGGUACAAAUAUCAUUUCCCUUUUCUUGAAACCAAUGGCAUUGUUACGGUGGACAACAACCGUGUAGGACCCCUAUACAAGCAUGUCUUCCCCCCAGCAUUGGCCCCAGGGCUUUCCUUUGUUGGGUUACCAUUUAAGGUUGUUCCUUUUCCCUUGUUUGAGCUUCAAAGCAAUUGGAUUGCUGGUGUUUUAUCAAACAGGAUAGCACUUCCAUCAAAAGAGGAAAUGUUGGCAGAUGUUAAAGCUUUUUAUAAAGAUCUCGAAGCUCUUGGCAAGCCCAAGCAUCGGACCCAUGACUUGGGUGAUUGUUUGCCUGCCUACUUUGACUGGCUUGCAGCAGUAUGUGGUUGUCCUGCCUAUGAAGAAUGGAGAAAGGAAAUGUACAUUGCUACUCAUAUGAAUAAAGUGGCCAAUCUCAAGUCAUACCGUGACGAUUGGCACGACAAUGAGCUGAUUCGUCAAGCUUACGAGGAAUUUCGCAAGUAUGCAACAAAUGAAGGAAGUCAAAACCACUCAAAAUUGAGCGUUUGAUAAGAUUUGUUGUAUACAUGUUACAUAAUGUAUGUGUUGUUGAUUAAUGAAAAUAAUAACGGCUUAUAGCUAAA